GUGAUCUGCAUAGGUGUACGCGAAUGAGCUGAGCUCUCUCGUUAUCGUUGCCGAGGUUUUGUUUCUGCAAAUCAUAGUCUGCCUCACGCCUCCAUCUUUCUAUCCAGUCUCCAUCAUUUGUGUUGGAUGGUACCUUGAGCCGCUUCCUGGAAGCAGUCUCUCUAGGGGUCAUCUUAUUGAAUCCAAAGAGAUGACAAUGCCCUCUGUUAGAAGAAACAGUGGCAAAGGACUAAGCCCAGCUCUGACUCCAGAAGUUAAUGUGGUCACAAGCUUCAGUUUUGACAGUUACCAGCUGGAGGAAGAGGAAGUCCAUACCACUGGGAGUCAACGAGCAGAUGGUGUUCUUACAUUCAUGGAGCCAGAUGCAAUCUGUUCAAGUCCAGAGCCUCAGGAUCGAUAUCAUGGGAUAUAUUUUGCAAUGCUACUUGCUGGGGUUGGGUUCCUGCUUCCAUAUAACAGCUUUAUCACAGAUGUUGAUUACCUGCAUCAUAAAUAUCCAGGCACAUCUAUUGUAUUUGAUAUGAGUCUCACUUACAUCCUUGUGGCUCUGGCAGCUGUUAUACUGAAUAAUGCCUUGGUGGAGCUUCUUACUCUACAUAUGCGAAUUACAGUGGGUUACCUCCUUGCUUUGGGACCAUUACUUUUCAUUGGUAUCUGUGAUAUCUGGCUUGAACUAUUUUCUUUAAAACAUUCGUAUGCAAUAAACCUUAUUGCUAUUGGAGUGGUAGCAUUUGGGUGUACUGUGCAACAAUCCAGUUUCUAUGGUUACACCGGGAUGUUACCUAAACGAUACACUCAAGGAGUGAUGACUGGAGAAAGCACUGCUGGAGUGAUAAUCUCACUGAGCCGCAUUUUUACAAAGCUGAUGCUCCCAUCAGAAAAGGAGAGUACCAUCAUAUUCUUCAUAAUCUCAAUUUCCUUGGAGUUCAUGUGCUUUAUUCUACACCUGAUAGUGAAACAAACAGACUUUGUAAAAUACCACACAUCCUUGACAAAAGAGAAAGUUGCAUGGGUCAAGGAACCAUCAGAGAAGAGCUUCAGAUAUAGAGUGCAUCUCAAUUCCCUGGCAGAAGAAGUGAAACAUGAGAAUGAAGAGACUGACCAACCAAAUAGUUCGGAACUACAACCAGAGUUAGAUGCUGGUAACACCUAUGUGAGGUUUGAUGUUCCUGCCCCUAAGGGGAAGAAAAACUGGCCCAGCAUUAGAGAUAUGAUAUUGCAGCGCUACUUGGUGCUACGAAUGAUCUGGGCCUACAUGUUGUCUAUUGCUGUGACCUACUUUAUCACUCUCUGUCUCUUUCCUGGACUGGAGUCAGAAAUACGAAACUGCACAUUGGGAGAAUGGCUUCCUAUACUAAUCAUGGCCAUAUUUAAUCUAUCUGACUUUGUAGGGAAGAUCCUAGCAGCACUGCCUUACAACUGGAAGGGUACCAAUCUCUUCAUAUGUGCCACCAUACGUGUCAUAUUUAUUCCCCUUUUUAUAAUGUGUGUCUACCCUAGUGGAAAACCAACUUUCAGUCAUCCUGCUUGGCCUUGUAUCUUCUCACUUCUUAUGGGAAUUAGCAAUGGAUACUUUGGAAGUGUUCCUAUGAUCCUGGCUGUUGGACAAGUAAGCCCAGAGCAGCGGGAGCUUGCAGGAAACACAAUGACCGUGUCUUAUAUGACUGGACUAACUCUUGGCUCAGCUGUAGCCUAUUCUGCUUACAGCCUAGCAAGUGCAUCUCACAUAAUUUGCUUCCACACAGAGACUUAUAACAGCUCUCUAGCACCUGAAUUCUGAGAUCUUUCCUCAAUCAAAAUACACAGUAAAAUAUGCUUUCAUUAAAUGAAA